GCUAGCGCAGGGAAACCGUUGCGUUGUUCGUGCGGAGACUUUGAAGAGUGUGGUCGCGCACUAUAACACAGAAGCCGAACAAAAUGGCAUCAGAUGAUGGAAAACUCUUUGUCGGUGGGCUCAGUUUUGACACCAAUGAACAGUCGUUGGAGCAGGUCUUCUCUAAAUACGGACAGAUAUCUGAAGUUGUUGUUGUAAAAGACAGAGAAACCCAGAGAUCUAGAGGAUUUGGAUUUGUCACUUUUGAGAACAUUGAUGACGCAAAAGAUGCAAUGAUGGCCAUGAAUGGAAAGUCUGUUGAUGGCCGCCAGAUCAGGGUAGAUCAAGCAGGCAAAUCAUCAGACAACAGAUCCCGUGGCUACAGAGGGGGAUCAGCUGGUGGCAGAGGCUUUUUCCGUGGUGGCAGAGGUCGGGGCCGUGGCUUCUCCAGAGGCGCUGGUGGAGACAGAGGCUAUGGGGGCAGCAGAUUUGAAUCCAGAAGUGGAGGAUACAGUGGGUCCAGGGACUACUAUGGUAGCAGCCGGAGUCAAGGCAGCUAUGGUGACAGGCCUUCCGGAGGGUCCUAUAGAGACAGCUACGACAGUUAUGCUACACACAACGAGUAAAAAACCUUCCUGACUCAAGAUCGUCCUUCCAAUGGCUGUAUUUAUAAAGAUUUUUGGAGCUUCGCUGAAAACGUUCUUGUGUAGUCCAUCUCCUUUGUAUUCUCACUUUUGUAGUAAAACUCAGUUCUGACCUUGUCAAAAACACAGCCUUGACAGCUUCUAAUAUGUGAUGGUCUGUUGAGACUCAAAGCUCUGGGUUUUUUUUCUCAAGUGUUUUAACUUUUAAAGCACUUAAGAUUUUAGUUCUUUAUGAGCCAAGGUGUUGAGUUUUUUUUAAAAAAAAAGACUUGGAAGGUUUUGGGGCCCCAUUUCUGUUCUGAGUGAGGAGGGACCUUAAUUCUUAAGUAGAAGCUGACCAAGCUGUGAUCUCAUUUUUGUUUUUAGUACAUCGUUUUGUAACAUUCCUUUAGUGUAGCAAGGUAGGUAUUGCAGCCUGGGUAUGAAUUUAAAAGCAAAACCACCUUGAUAUAUCUAAAGAGAUAUUGCUUGUAUGUUCAACCUGCAUUAAGACUUUUACUUGUAUGCCAUAAAACUUACCCAGAGAUCUGCAAAUCUUACUUCACAAGAGGUUCAUGAAAAAAUUGUUUGUUUAUAAUGAUCUUUUUUUACUGGAAAGAAAGUAUGCCUAAUUCCAUUGAUGUUGUAAUUUUGAAGUGGUAAAAGGAUUUCUUGUACAGUUUUCCUUUGGCUUCACGAAGCCUAUUAAAAGUCCAUCUGAAACAAAAUCUGCUCUUGAAAUCUUACAUCUUGCUGCACAACACAAUUCUGGAUGAUAAUUAAAAAGUGUACAGUUAUAGUUUAAAGGACAAGCAGCACAGUGAGUAACUUGUGUUAGGAAUAGCUAGAUAGACAAGCAUCAGUGACACCUAGUAGAUCAGUGUUAGUUAAACCUUUAGUACCAGUUCUGAUGUAGUUUCUAAGACAUAGUUAGAAACUGGUCACCUUUUGGUGGAUAGAAACAAGUCUUAAAGGUAGUAAAUUCCCCUGCUCUUAAUGGGACCAAUUAAUUUUGGCUGGAAGUAAUCCAACCUUUGAAAUUAACAUUGGCGAUGUCACUGCUGUCCUUAGUAAUGUGCUCCGUAACUGUCUAGAUUAAUGAGCUUGAGGUAGCAAUAGCUCCGUAGUAGCACAAGCAAGAGCCAGCUGACAGUUUGCUAAGCUGAAAGCCAGCCAGAUGUUACUUUAGAAUUUGAAAUAGUCUCUCAUUGACUGGGUCAGCUGCUGCUAGUGUGACCGUGUUCCAAGGCAGAUAACUGUGACCUAAUUUAGCUAGCUUUGUCGUUGCCUUCUAAGUUCUAAGAAUUCUCUGCUAGCGUAUGGAAAACUGCAGUGCCUUGGCGAAAAAGAAGUGUUGUGCCUCCAACAGAGAGAACCUCUGAGACCGAAAGCUGCUCUCUUGGCUAGUUCAUAUUGGGGAUAGUCCUGUAAUUCGAGGUAACUCUUUUGCUCAUGUCCGCAUCCUUCCUCCUGUUGAGAGCUCAUUUUUUUUGGAAAGUCUGAAUGUUAACCCAUGUGAAGUAGAUUACCUCUGCCAAUUCUGGUCAGCUAAAAACACCUUUUAAAACUUUUUCCCUGUUAGAGUCUUUGGCUUGUGGCACAAAUUUGACGGGUCAGAAGGGGUGUAUACAGCCAUCUUAAGAUGGGAAGUGAAUAUCCCCCCAUGUGAUUAUACUUAUCUCUGGAGACACUACCUUAAGACUUCAUUGAAGUCAUGUUAACUGGAAUGUUUUUUGCCAUUAACUUUAUCCCAUAGGCCCACACUGUUCUCAAGUAACCAUAGUGUGGGUUCAGGGUGCUGUCGGCCCACCUGAGAGGCAUUUAUUCAUUUUUGGAAUAGCUAGCCCACACAGGGCUUUUGAUUUGCCGUCGGGUUCCAUAGAUGGCUUGUGGAAGCCCUUUGUAGAAAACUGGUGGUUCUAUGUAGGGGAGGGGGAUGUAGAAAGCACAGCUUUUCAGUGACGGGCAUGGCUUUUUGUAACAUCUGUUUGUCUUGGCAGGUUGAAGAGAGAGAGGGUAACUGAGAACUGAUUUUUGAGCCUGAUGACCAACCUUUGGGACCAUAGUAGACCUUCAGCUUUGGAAGCAGCCCUGAGCUGCUUGCAAGGAAGCCGAGGUGGAUGGAUGGCCACGGCGCCAAUCCAGGAAAGUCCAGGGGACUGUGUAUUUUUGGAUUCACUGGUCAAGUGGAAAAGUGCCAAGUUAAUAAAUAAACAUG